UAAAAUACUGUCUACACAGUUUGAUAAAGUUCAGCAUGUUUAAAAUGCUGACCAAGCAGACAGCGCGUGCACGCGCUGUGCACGCGCGCCACUGUGGGCGGGUGACGACUGACGUCGGUUGAUUCAACCGGCAUAAAAACUCUAACAGCUAGCUAACUUUAUCAUCCAGUUGUCUUCGAAAGCAAGUAGACGAAUCCUCCAGGGCGGGCCAAUAUGGGGAAGGAGAAACUCCACAUAAACAUUGUGGUAAUAGGACAUGUCGACUCAGGCAAGUCCACCACUACAGGCCACCUCAUCUACAAGUGUGGGGGCAUUGAUAAGAGAACUAUUGAGAAGUUUGAGAAGGAGGCUGCUGAGAUGGGGAAAGGUUCCUUCAAAUACGCAUGGGUUUUGGACAAGCUAAAAGCAGAGCGUGAGCGCGGCAUCACUAUUGACAUCUCUCUUUGGAAGUUUGAGACCAGCAAGUACUACGUUACCAUCAUUGAUGCUCCUGGACACAGGGACUUCAUUAAGAACAUGAUCACUGGGACUUCUCAGGCCGACUGUGCCGUACUGAUCGUAGCUGCAGGUGUUGGUGAGUUUGAAGCUGGCAUCUCUAAAAACGGGCAGACUCGUGAACACGCCCUUCUUGCCUACACCCUGGGAGUGAAGCAGCUCAUUGUGGGCAUUAACAAGAUGGAUUCCACUGAGCCUAACUAUAGCCAGAAGCGCUAUGAGGAGAUUGUGAAGGAAGUCAGCACUUACAUCAAGAAGAUUGGCUAUAACCCUGACACUGUGGCUUUUGUGCCCAUCUCUGGCUGGAAUGGAGACAACAUGCUGGAGCCCAGCCCUAAUAUGACCUGGUUCAAAGGCUGGAAGAUCAACCGUAAAGAUGGUAAUGCCUCAGGCACCACGCUGCUGGAGGCUUUGGAUGCCAUCCAGCCUCCUACCCGCCCCACUGACAAGCCUCUCCGUCUGCCUCUACAGGACGUCUACAAAAUUGGAGGCAUUGGGACCGUACCUGUCGGCCGAGUGGAGACGGGGAUCUUAAAACCUGGAAUGGUGGUGACCUUUGCCCCAGUCAACGUGACCACUGAAGUCAAGUCUGUGGAAAUGCACCAUGAGGCCCUGACUGAAGCACUACCUGGUGACAAUGUGGGUUUUAAUGUCAAGAAUGUGUCCGUUAAGGAUAUCCGCCGUGGCAAUGUGGCCGGUGACAGCAGGAACGAUCCACCACAGGAGGCAGCUGGUUUCACCUCUCAGGUGAUUAUCCUGAACCACCCUGGCCAGAUCAGUGCUGGUUAUGCCCCGGUGCUGGACUGCCACACUGCGCACAUCGCAUGUAAGUUUGCAGAGCUUAAGGAAAAGAUCGACCGUCGCUCUGGCAAGAAGCUUGAAGACAAUCCCAAAUUUCUGAAAUCUGGAGAUGCCGCCAUUGUAGACAUGAUCCCUGGCAAGCCCAUGUGUGUGGAGAGCUUCUCCGAGUACCCACCACUGGGGAGAUUUGCAGUCCGUGACAUGCGUCAGACGGUGGCGGUGGGAGUGAUCAAAGGCGUGGAAAAGAAGGCCCCCACCAGCGGUAAGAUCACCAAGUCUGCACAGAAGGCACAGAAGACCAAAUGAACGUUGUGCUGGGCUGCUGCCCCGAACGCUCACCGUGGCCGAAGACGCACUCGCACCCUGCACCUUCUGCACACCAUCGUCAGCGUCUGGUCUAUUAUCACAAUGCAUCGCAAAAGCAGACGUAGGAAAAAAAAUAACUUGCACACUGUUAGUGAUUAACAUGUUAUCACUGUUCAAUGUAGGUUUUAUUGUCACACAGUCUGUGGCGAAACACAUUUGCAUCGUUGCUCUCUUGUUGUGUGCUAAUGUAGUUUGAAUUUUGCUGCUCAUUGAUCUGUCCAAACUUCCUGCUUAGCUCAAGUAACAAGACAGAAAUGUUUGUUCAAGUAAUGCUCUGUGUUCUAGCGUUAAAGAGAUAUGCUAACUAGCCAGAGGUAGAUUGGCUUCUUGCAUGUUUGCACCUUAGAGGAACAAGCUUCUGAGAUCCUGAGAUCUUCAUGCCUAGCACUUUGCUUGACUUAAACUUCCUUGCAGUAGCACUGUUAAUGUUACUGUUAAGUUCAUGCACCUUACUCAUUAAUUGUAAGCAUAUGUUCAAACAAGUAAAAAAGUUGAAACUGUA